AUAUACGUACAUUUUUUCAUGAGUAUGAGACAGUGAGGAGAGGUUAGUAGUCAGAUGCGCGUAAUCGGCUGUGUCGCACGCUUCCAUGCUCCGUCCUCACAUCAUCCCCUCUCCGUAAUCCGCCGUAUUCACCAGUCGCCACGUUCUUCCUCUCGCUGCCACGGCCUCCACAUUGACUCUUCGCGCGACAACAAAAUGGAGAAGCAUGAUCUCUCAACCAACACCGUGAUUGACAACCCUCAAGCUGUCUGUGAGAAAAUAGCCCUAAUUCGGGAUGCGGGUCCGUCCAAAUUCCAGGUGAUUGCUGAUUUUGAUGCGACAUUGACGAGGUAUUGGGUCAAUGGGCGUAGAGGAAUGACAAGUCAUGGGCUUCUGCAACAAGGGAACUCAUAUUAUGAUGCCAAGAGACAGGAAUUAUACGAAUACUAUCAUCCUUUGGAGAUUUCUCCGGCAAUUCCUGUGGAAGAGAAGACAUCACUCAUGGAAGAGUGGUGGGGUAAAACCCAUGGCCUUCUCAUUGAAGGAGGCCUAACAUUUGAUGCAAUAAAGAAAUCUGUUGCUGAUUCAUCCAUUGCUUUCCGAGAAGGCGUGGUUGAGCUUUUUGAAUUCUUGGAGGAGAAGGAUAUCCCCGUUCUGAUUUUUCAGCAGAUUUCGUCAGCAGGACUUGCCGAUGUCAUUGAAGAGGUUUUGAGGCAGAAACUUCAUAGAACAUUUAAAAAUGUAAGGAUCGUCUCAAACCGAAUGGUGUUUGAUGACAAUGGUUGUCUCGUGUCUUUUAAAGGAAAGCUAAUUCAUGUGCUGAACAAAAAUGAGCAUGCUUUAGACAUGGCUGCUCCGCUUCACGAUCAACUAGGCGACACCAAAGGAGCAGAUGAAGACACCGCCCGUGUAAAACUAAGAACCAAUGUGUUACUUCUCGGCGAUCAUUUGGGGGACCUGAGCAUGUCUGAUGGUUUGAAAUAUGAAAACAGGAUCUCUGUUGGAUUUCUGAACGAUAAUAUUGAUAAGAGUCUCCAAAUCUACCGCAGUGCAUUCGAUAUUGUUUAUCUGAAUGAUGCACCCAUUUCGGGAGUUGUGGAUCUUGUUUCUCAGUUGUUCCCGACAGAAGCGAGUUAGCCGCAAUGCCCAUUUCUCGCAAGUUUCCAUCGUUCAGCUCAAUGGAACUUGGAGGAGGUGACAGAUUAUCUGCAGACGAUUCGUCGGGUAAAUCCUCAGGAAUAGAUUUCACUUCACAUAAAUGGACUUGGAAGGAUGAAGUUCAUCGGUCCAAGGAUUGUUUUUGUUAAUUCAACUGCUAGAUGACAGGCAUUCUUCAAUCAAUGGGUUAUUGUAUUAACCUUUUGUCUUCGGUUACAUAAAAGAACAGACCAUUUUUUUUAAUCAUUGUAAUAAACA